UAAAGAUCAUACGUCUCUGGAAACAAUAUUCUCCUGCUGUUGGUCUCACCAUUGAAAUGAUUUUAAUCGACACAAAUGAUCACAAAAUCCAUACUACAGUGAAAAAGGAUCAUUUAAUCAGUUUGACCCAUUCCUCUCACAAGGUGGUUCAGAUAUUCUCAUUAACUUUACUAAUCCUACAGAAUAACCAAUCACCUUUAAAAAAUUACUUUCCUUGCAACAACCGUCAGCCAUGGUUAAAUUGUUACUGCAAAUGGGAAAGACACACCCAAGCUAAUGAUGAUCGUCUUCCUGUUAGGUUAUGGAGUCCAUUUGCAACAAACGUUAGUGAUGCUUUUCAGACAUAUGGUCAACAAUCUUUGAUUAUUGUACUGAGGUUUGUCAAGAUAAAAAGGAUCGUAGCAUUUCCAAUGCUUACAAUGUGUUGGGGAUCUCCUUUAAUCCGGAGAUGCCUGAGGUUGAAUCAUUUCUUCAGCUCUAAGCUGCCACGUGAUGAUCUUGCUUUGGCAAUUGUGGAUUCUAAACCUCUUACUUUGGUCAAUGGUGUAUCUGAAAAUAAUGAUUUCUUUAUUCACACACCAAGAAAAACCAUUGUUGAGAACUGUAUUUUGAUGUGCACAAUUGCAAAAAUUGAUGCUGAUAUGGGAUGGUGCUAUUUGGGUUGCAAUGUAUGUUCUAAGAAAGUUUUACGUGUGCUGAAUGAUGAUUUCAACCAGGAAUAUGUGGAUGAUUUUUUAAGAUUUAGUUACUACUGUAACAAAUUCAAGACAGACAACCUUAAAAUUUUACCAAAGUAUGAAUCGCUUUAC